AUGAAUGUCGAUGCCGGGACUAUGGCGCCUACGGAACACGGCGAGGUUUUUGUGUUGAAUGAUGGCGGUGAGGCUGAUCUUGAUCUGGGGAACUAUGAGAGAUACCUAAACGUCACUCUCUCUCGGGAUAACAACAUCACCACCGGCAAGAUGUACAAACACGUUAUUGAAAAGGAACGGCGAGGAGACUACCUUGGUCGUACGGUCCAGAUUGUUCCUCAUCUCACAGAUGCCAUCCAGGACUGGAUAGAGCGUGUAGCCAGAACUCCAGCCGACGACAGCAACGAGGAACCUGACGUCUGCGUUAUCGAACUCGGCGGUACACUCGGUGAUAUUGAGAGCGCCCCCUUUGUUGAGGCGAUGCGCCAGUUACGGCGUCGUGCUGGCAAAAACAAUUUCCUCCAAAUUCAUGUCUCGCUUGUCCCAGCCAUUCAUGGCGAGUUGAAGACCAAGCCCACCCAGCAGGCGAUACGGGAUGCGCGCUCAGCCGGUUUGAGCCCCGAUCUGAUUGCGUGUCGUUGCGAGAGAGCACUUGACAAGGCUACUAUCGAUAAAAUUGCCAUGUUUUGCCAGGUUGAGCCUGAGCAAGUCAUUGGUGUUCAUGACGUUGCUUCAACGUAUCAUGUCCCUCUCCUUCUAGAACAGCAAGGCUUCCUUGGCCAGCUUCGCAGUAUCCUCAAGAUCGACGAUUUGACCAUCCCUCAAACUUCCAUAGACAAGGGCCAGAACACCUGGAAAAAGUGGAAGGCCCUCACAACUUCCCAAGAGCAUGUCUAUAGCACUGUCAACAUUGCCCUUGUCGGCAAAUAUGUCAGUCUUCACGACUCUUACCUUUCAGUCAUUAAGUCUCUAGAACACUCUGCCAUGGCUUGCCGCCGAAAACUCAUAAUCACCUGGAUUGAUGCCUCGAACCUUGAGAAGACUGCCUCUGAAACCCAUCCAGAAGCAUUCCACAAGGCCUGGCAUGAGAUGUGCACAGCUGACGGUAUCCUUGUUCCUGGCGGGUUUGGCACCCGUGGUACUGAGGGUAUGGUUGCUGCUGCUCACUGGGCUCGAACCAAGGGCAAGCCAUACCUCGGUAUCUGCCUCGGCAUGCAGAUAGCAGUCAUGGAAUAUGCCCGUAAUGUCUGCAAUAUCCCUCGUGCUAGCUCUAUUGAAUUCGACGACCGCACUCCAGAUCCUGUUGUCGUCUUCAUGCCGGAAAUUGACCAGGUCAACCUUGGAGGUACCAUGCGUCUUGGAUCCCGUCCGACUAUCUUCCAGGAGGGCAGCGAAUGGUCGAAGCUCCGGUCGCUGUACGGACUGGAUCGUGGCUCCAUUGAUGAGCGCCACCGUCACCGCUAUGAGGUCAACCCUGAAUAUAUCGAUACUCUCCAGAAGGGCGGACUCCAUUUUAUUGGCAAAGAUGACAAGGGCGAGCGCAUGGAAAUCGUCGAGCUCAAGGACCAUCCUUGGUUUGUCGGUGUCCAGUUCCACCCGGAGUAUUUGUCUCGUGUUCUUGCUCCUAGCAAGCCUUUCCUUGGCUUCGUUGCUUCCGCAGCUGGUGUGUUCGACGAGGUCUUAAAGUCACAAGCCCGCGGAAAUGAUUUGGCUAGUGGUGUUGCUAACAUCGCCAUCUAA